GGGAGGGCGGGGGAGCCAAGUCACAUCCACGCUGUGCCUGCCUGCAUGUUAGCUAAUCAUGUCCUUUUGGGUUGGCUUCAUGGCUAUUUCUGUAUAGGAAGGUUUGCUCCUCUCCUGAAGUGUGGCUGCAUUGGAUAGCAUGACUAUCUAUCCACCCGCUCUGAUUCAUAACAGCAUACGGUGCAAAUCAAAUCGAAAUGCUAAAGUUUCCCAUUUAUUCGGUGUUGGUUAGCCGGGAGGCUACCAGCAACCCUGAAGGUAGCAACACCUUGUUAGGAGGUCAGCUCCCUUCCCAGGAUGGGCAGUUGGAACCUUUAAACGAGGGUUUUCUUUCUAGAAUCUCCGAUCUGCUGCUCUGCAGAUGGACUUGCCGGCACUGCUGUCAGAAGUGCUAUGAAUCCAGCUGUUGCCAGUCGAGUGAGGAUGAAGUUGAAAUUCUGGGACCUUUCCCUGCCCAGACUCCUCCCUGGCUGUUGGCCAGCCGGAGCAGUGACAAGGACGGGAACUCUGUCCACACAGCCAGUGAAGUCCCGCUGACCCCACGGACCAACUCCCCAGAUCGGAGAUGCUCGUCCUCGGACACAUCUAAGUCUACAUACAGCCUGACCCGGAGGAUUUCAAGUCUCGAUUCCAGACGACCCAGCUCCCCACUCAUCGAUAUUAAACCCAUCGAGUUCGGCGUUCUCAGCGCCAAGAAGGAGCCCAUCCAGCCCUCGGUGCUCAGACGGACCUAUACCCCGGAUGACUAUUUCAGAAAGUUCGAGCCCCGCCUGUACUCCCUCGGCUCCAACAGCGACGACGUGGACUUUCUGACGGACGCAGAGAUCCUGUCCAAGUACCAGUUGGGCAUGCUGCACUUCAGCACCCAGUACGACCUGCUGCACAACCACCUGACGGUGCGCGUGAUCGAGGCCAGGGACCUGCCACCUCCCAUCUCCCACGACGGCGCGCGCCAGGACAUGGCGCACUCCAACCCCUACGUCAAGAUCUGCCUCCUGCCGGACCAGAAGAACUCCAAGCAGACCGGGGUCAAACGCAAGACCCAGAAGCCCGUGUUCGAGGAGCGUUACACCUUUGAGAUCCCCUUCCUGGAGGCGCAGAGGAGGACCCUGCUGCUGACUGUGCUGGACUUUGAUAAGUUCUCACGCCACUGUGUCAUCGGCAAGGUGGCCGUGCCUUUGUGCGAGGUCGACUUGGUGAAAGGCGGACACUGGUGGAAGGCGCUGAUUCCCAGUUCUCAGAAUGAGGUAGAACUGGGGGAGCUGCUUCUGUCACUGAAUUAUCUCCCGAGUGCUGGGAGACUGAACGUUGAUGUCAUUCGAGCCAAGCAACUUCUUCAGACAGAUGUGAGCCAAGGUUCAGAUCCCUUUGUGAAAAUCCAGCUGGUACAUGGACUCAAGCUUGUGAAAACAAAGAAGACAUCCUUCUUAAGAGGCACAAUUGAUCCUUUCUACAAUGAAUCCUUCAGCUUCAAAGUUCCCCAAGAAGAACUGGAAAAUGCUAGCCUAGUGUUUACAGAUUCUGUGGCCCCAGAAUUGAGAGCAGACACGGGGAUGGCUUGUCUCUGUCCCAUGAGACCUACGGCCUCAGCUGGAAGACUCGAGGGCCACAGCGGGUAUAACCAGACAACCGGUCGCGCUGGACAUUGUUGGUCUUAGUUGCGGUACGCGGGAUCUUCAUUGCGGCACGCGGGAUCUUUCGUUGUGGCACGCGGGCUUAGUUGCCCCGCGGCAUGUGGGAUCUUAGUUCCCCGACCAGGGAUCAAACCCUCAUCCCCUGCAUUGGAAGGCGGAUUCUCAACCACUGGACCACCAGGGAAGUCCCAGCAUAGCUCUAGUGACUAAAGCAACUGUCCCGUUCCUACCCCAGAAAAAUUCAUAUUGAUGCGUGUGUGUGCACAUACAUGCAUACAAACUUUUGAUUUUGCAUUUAAUUUCGAGGGAUUCACUGGACCCCUGAAGCCCAUUAACCUCAGUGAUGAAACCCUGAGCUAAUCGUUAAUAAUCAUACUAUCAUGGAGCAUGCGUACAUGCCAAGUGCUCGGUGACUUUAUUUGACCCAAUUAGUUGGCCUAGCAACCUGAUGAAGUAGGGGCUAACACAUGAUUAACCAUGCUCAGCCCUAUUGGUUUCCCAUGAUGAAGUAUCAUGUGCAUUUUAAAAUCAAAGACUUUGGUGUCAGGAGGCCUGGGUUCAAAUCCCUACUCUGCCUACUACCAGCAGGAUGAUCUUGGGCAAGUCACUUAACCUGUCUAAGUCUCAGUUUCCCUCUACGUGCUUGACACAUCAUAAGUGCUCAGUAAAGGUGGUCCACUACUUCCUUAUUCAUGAGCCCAGCCAGCUAUUACAGUGGCUUUGAAGGCAAAAUUUCACACCCCUGGGCAUCACAAAAGGGACCCCAAAGAUCUUCUAGUCGGACAGCUGAGAAGGGAAGGAAUGUACCAGCAUCAUAUGGCAUGUCAGGCGCAGAGCUGGAGCUGGGACCCGGGCUUCUGGAUCCCAGUCUAACAAGUUCACCACUGCCCGGUGCCUGCUCUCACAGAUGAGCCACCCAGCUGAGUUCCAGGCAGGUUCUCAGCAUGCCUUUCUCCCCCAGUCAGUCAUCUUCAAUCGUGGUUUCCAAAAAAAGUAUAUGCUAAGAGGUCUCCAGAGGGGCUGAGACUUUGGAGAACUUUAGUGUCUCAAACAUGGGGUUUUUGUUUGUCCCUUUUCAGAAUUAAGAACACAUCCUGAACCCCAGUAGUUCCACGGGCUAAAGAUAUAAGUAGUCUUGACUACAGUAGGGAAAUAUACACCUUGGCCAGACAGCCCAGAAGUGCAGAUUGAAAUAAGAUGCCAUUUUUUUGCUUAUAAAAUUUGCAAAGAUUGCCAUUAAAGUGGUAACACUCAGCGCAGGCAAGGGCGCUGUGCGAUGGGCACUCUCAGACAUCACCGUGGGAGUAUAAAUUGCUUUCAGGAGGUAAUUUAGCAAAUUGUAUCAAAGCCUUAAAAAUCUAUCCCCAGAAAAUCAUCAGAAAUGCUGCAAAAGCUUUAUGCGCAAGGCUUUUCAUCUCAGGAUUAUUUCUAAUUGUUUUUUAAAAAGAGAAAACAAUCUAAUUAUCCCAAAAUUGGGGAAUGAUUAAAUAACCUCUAGGGGGACCACUAGGGAAUAUUAAAGAG